AUGGACAAACCGACGCUAUCGCUGAAGGUAUUCUGCGUGUCGGAAUGGUUCUUCGCCGUCGCGGUGACCAGCUUCCGGCUGGCGAUCCUGUGCUUCUACCUGGAGCUGUUCCGCGGCACCUGGUUCCGCUGGAGCACGAUCGUCAUCAUGGUGAUCGUGGUGCGGUACUUCAUCGCCUCGCUGCUGACCAUCGCGCUGCUCUGCCGCCCCGAUUCGCGCCAACUGGGACCUAACAGUCACAGAGACGUGCGGCAACCUCUCGCAGACCGAAUGUCCAAGGAGAAGAAAGUUGGAGUCGCGGUGGCGUUUCUGUUUGGGUUGAGGUAUGAUGCAUGA